AUAUCCAUGUCUUUUCAUCAAAGUCAUAAAAACUCUGCCAAUAUUCUCCAAGAUCUUCCAUUUAAUAAUCUUCCUGCCAUGCUUUCUGGACAUGUGUCCUAAAUCCUAAUAAUUUACCCAAAAAGUUUGUUGCUUUAUGAACCCUCGUGCAUGACUCUCAUUACUCUUUCUUAGACUUGAUCAUUCGUUCCACUCUUUAUUUAGUUUGUUUUCUUUCAGGUUCAUCAUUUCUAACUGGUUUUCAACGAUUUCUUGAAGAAAAAGAGUCAAAGUGUUGAUCUUUCGCUUAACAUUUUCUUGGGUCUCUUUCAUUCAUUAGUAAUUCGGUUUUGAUUCCAAAUGGGUUUUCCAAGAUUUCUUGAAGAGAAAGAUCCACAAUCUUCCCUCUAACUUGAUGAAUAUAAUCUUCAUGGAUUCUCAUCAAAACCUCGUCUUGUCAAACCCCUCAUUUGUUGGUCAGCAAGAAUUUAAUUCAAAUGGUAUAAUGGAGAAAAAAGACGGAUUUAUAGGUGUUCUUGAUGUUUUCAUACAUGAAGCUAGAGAUAUUCAUAAUAUAUGUAUUUACCAUAAACAAGAUGUCUACGCUAAGAUUUUCUUGACUAGUGACCCGGAAUCAACCGAGUCAACUCAGACAAUCAACGGGGGUGGACAAAAUCCAGUUUUUAAUGAGAACCUACAGAUCAAUGUCCGAACAGUGGAUUGUUCUUUGAGAUGUGAAAUUUGGAUGCUUAGUAGAGUCAAAAACUAUCUUGAAGAUCAACUUUUAGGGUUUGCAUUAGUGCCUUUACGUGAAAUUAUCGUCAAAAAUCAGAACUUUGAAAAGGAAUUUGAACUCUCAACGAGUGAACUUCUCCAUUCUCCAUCUGGGUUUGUUAAAUUAAGCAUCAAUUACAUCGGAUCUUCACCAUUUGAUAUGUUAGAAAUUCAUUAUGUUCCUCAUUCUUUAUGUAAUCAAGAUUCAGAUGAAUCUGAUGAAGUUUCUUGUGAGCUUGAAAAGAUCGAGUUUCCAGAUCCAAAACUCAUGAACGAAAACGAGAUCAUGGUUUCUGAAUAUUACUCACACGCUACUGAAAACGAUGAUUCUAUUAGUAAUUCAUAUUCGAAUGAUCAUUUACUUUCAAGAAUCCCACAAGAAAACCUUGAAAUUGUUUCAAGAAACAGUUCAAAAUCACCAGAGAAGAAAGACGACAACACUGAAACUGAAACAGAGCAUCAAGUCAUGCAACAAGAGAUUGUAAACAUGUACUUGAAAAGCAUGAAGCAGUUCACAGAAGCUCUAGCAAAGAUGAAACUUCCGAUUGAAAAAGGAAACGAGUCAACUCAUAACACAGAUUCAAACCCAAAAGUGUUUUAUGGAAGCAGAGCAUUCUUCUGAGUUCUGAACCAUGUUAUUUGAUUAGUUCAGAGGUAAUUUUAUGUUUCUGAUGAGAAAUAAGAUCGCUUGUGUGGUUUUGGAGAUUGAUUCCACUUCAUUUCUAAGACUUUUAGCGUAUGUAAUGUGUGGUUAAAUAAUGAUGUUAUAUGCCUAUUAUUAUUAUAUGCUUUUUCUUGAUGAAUUUUGAUGAAAGAAUGUUGAAAUUAAGGUUUAUUAUGGAUAUUGCAUUACCAUGUGAAAACAGAGGUCAUGAUUUGUGUCAAGAAUGGUGGAAAUGAUGGAUGUUUUUGUGUUU